AAUAUAUUUUGAACAACCCAAGGCCCUCAAUACAUAUAAAACCCAAUCACCAUAAACCCUGCUUUUAUAGCUGAGCCAUUUCUUCUUCUAGGGUUUCCACUCUCUCAAUUUCGCCGUUGUUGCAGCAAACACUCACCUCAGAAGCGCAGAAAUGGCAAGAAUCAAACCCCAUGAGUUGAGGCAGAAGCCUAAGGCUGACUUGUUGAAUCAGCUCAAGGAUCUCAAGGCUGAGCUCGCUCUUCUUCGUGUUGCUAAGGUUACCGGCGGUGCUCCUAACAAGCUCUCAAAGAUUAAGGUGGUGAGAUUAGGGAUUGCGCAAGUAUUGACAGUGAUGUCACAGAAGCAGAAGUCGGCAUUGAGGGAAGCAUACAAGAAGAAGAAGUUCUUGCCGCUUGAUCUUCGUCCCAAGAAGACCCGUGCCAUUCGUCGUCGCCUCACUAAGCAUCAGUUCUCUCUUUCUUUUCUCAGGCAUCUUUGAAGACCGAAAGGGAGAAGAAGAGGGAGAGAUACUAUCCCAUGAGGAAGUAUGCCAUCAAGGUGUAGGCUACGUAUCUAUUAUCUAAGGGGGUUUCUACAUUCCAUGAAAUUUUUUGUUCCAAUGUUCGUUAAACUUCUAAAAAGUGAGCUUCAAUUUAUGACAUUAGCCAGUUUCUGCCAGCAUUUUGUGUUGCUAAAUAGAAUCUUUGUUUGUGAUCUAUGAUGAAUUUUGACAUAGAAAGGUGUUUAGAUUCAAUCUACUAGUGUUCACUUUUUAACAUCUGCAUGUGUUUAUGAUGUGGAGCAGGUUAGUUCGUCUUUACUA